CAAUGUUAUAUGAACCCUGGGCUGUGCUAUAUGUGCCCCAGGUGGUGCUAUAGGAGCCCUGGACAGUCUUACUUGAGCCCCAGGUAGUGCUGCAGGUGGCCCCAGGUGGUGCCAUGCGGGCCCAGGCAGAGUUACAUGGGCCCCAGGAGAUGCUGUGUGAGCCCACACAAUGUUAUAUGAGCGCUAUAUACUCACAGGGUUGCACUAUACAGGCCCAGGCAAUGUUAUGUGGGCCGUGGGCUGUGAUAUAUGGGCUCUGGAUGGUACUAUAGGAACCUUGGGCGGUGUUUUAUGAGCCCCAGGAGAUGCCAUAUGAGCUCAGACAAUGUUAUAGGAGUGAUAUAUAGGCCCUGAAUGGUGAUAUAUGGGCCCACACAACGCUAUACGUGCCACGGGUGGUGCUAUACAGGCCUGAUUGCUGCUAUAUGGGUCACGGUUGGUGUUGUAUGGCCCUGGGUGCUGCUGUAGGGCCAUGGCUGGUGUCACACAGUGACAGACAGCGCUAUACGGUCCUGGUCAUAUAGAACAGCUGGGACUGGCACUAUGUGGCUGUAACGGUGUCACCUGGCCACGGCUGGACCUCCAUGGCGGCGAUGUCACGCAGCCAUGGUGUCACACAACCGUGUCACCAGGCGCCGGCAGUGUCACGUGGCGGUGGCGUCGGUGUCACGGGGUGGUGGCCCCAGUGCGGAAGCCCAAGAAGGGGAAGUUGGGGACGCGGGGGACACAAGGGUGGCCCCCCCGGCACGUCGCUGCCAUGUCGCUGCCCUCCAUCUACCAGAACAAGUUUGCCGAGAAGCUGACGAUCCUCAAUGAGCGGGGACGGGGCGUCCUUGUCCGCAUCUACAACAUCAAGAAGAGCUGCUCGGACCCCAAGACUCGGCCACCCUUCCUGAGUGACAAGGCCAUGGAGCCGUCCCUCAAGUUCAUCAGCAAGAAGUUUCCCCACCUGGACGUGCGGAGCAGCACACAACACCUGGGGCCGGUGCACAAGGACAGAGGGGACAUCGCCCGGGCGCUGGGACCCUUUUAUCACACCUUCCUGGACGUCCUGGAGUUCAGGGACCACGUCUAUGAGCUGCUGAACACCAUCGAUGCCAACCAGUGCUACUUCGACAUUAACAUCAACUACGACUUCACCAAGGGCUACCUGGACCUGGUUGUCACCUACGUGUCCCUUGUCCUGCUGCUGGCCCGCACCGAGGACCGCCGGCUCCUCAUCGGCUUGUACCACUGCGCCCACGAGAUGAGCCACGGUGCCAGUGACCCCAGCUUCGCCCGCCUGGGACAGAUGGUUCUAGAGUACGAUCACCCCCUCAAGAAGCUGCCAGAGGAAUUUGCGCCACACACCAAGGCUGUCACCAGUGCCCUCCUGUCCCUGCAUUUCCUCUUUGCACGGCGGAACCAGAGCGCGGAGCAAUGGCGCAGCGACCAGCUGCUCAGCCUGCUCGGUGCCGCCGGCACCAUGCUCAGCCCCGCCAGCUCCGACACCGUGGCCUGUGAGUACCUGUCGCUGGAGGUGAUGGAGCGUUGGAUCCUCUUGGGGUUCCUGGUGUGCCCCGGGGCGCUGGCCUCGUCCCCGCAGUGCCUGGAGCUGUGGCGGCUGGCGCUGCAGGGCUCGCUCUAUGUCACCCUGCUCCGCGACGAGGCCAUCCAGGUCCAUAAGGUCACCGAGGAGCUGCUUGGUGGCCUCAAAGGGUAUGGGAAGCGGGUGGCCGAUCUCAAGGAGUGCAAGGAACACGCCGUGGCUCACAGCGGGUCCCUGCACCGGGGCCGGCGCUCGUUCCUGCGGGGGGCCCUGCGGGAGCUGGCGGCUCUGCUGGAGGAUCAGCCCGGGCUGCUGGGGCCCAAGGCGCUCUUUGUCUUCAUGGCACUUUCCUUCUGCCGCGACGAGCUCACCUGGCUGCUGCGCCACGCCGAGCACGUCACCAAGACCAAAACACCCGAGGACUUCACCGACAGCUGCGUGGCCGAGCUCCUCUUCCUCACGGAGCAGCUGCGGGAGCUGGUGCGGCGGCGGGUUGGGGUCCUGCGGCGAUACCACGUCCCCUACCUGGCUCGUUUCGACGCCCUGUUGCUCAGCGAUGUCAUCCAGAACCUCUCCGUGUGUCCCGAGGAGGAGUCCGUCAUCCUCUCAGCCUUCGUCAGCUCCCUCUCGGCUCUUGCUGGCAAGGAAGCUGACGACAAGGAGCAGUUUGAUUUCACAGCGCUCCGUCUGGACUGGUUCCGGCUGCAGGCCUACACCAGCGUGGCCAAGGCGUCUCUGCCGCUGGGCUCCAACCCCGACGUGGGUCGUGUCAUGAACCUCAUCGUCUUCCACACCAAACUGCUGGACUCGCUGGAGGAGCUGCUGGCCGAGACUUCCGACCUCUCUGACCUCUGUUUCUACCCCCGGCCCGUGGAGAAGAUGUUUGUGGCGACGCUGGAGGAGCCCUCGAUGCUGCGCUACAGCAUCGCCUUCCCGCUGCUCUGCGGCCACUUCUCCCGCUGCCUCCACCCCAUGUGUCCCGAGGAGUAUCCCCACCUGAAGGCCACGGCGCUGGGGCUGUGCAACAGGUUCCUGGAGGAGAUGGCCCGGCAAACCAGCGCCUGCAUCAUGGACGCCUGCGCUGAGCAGCACAACCUCAGCGAGCAGCUGCUGCCCAAGCACUGCGCCUCCACCAUCAGCAAGGCCCGUGGCAAGAAGACCCCAAAGCCACCAGCCAAGAAGGGGGAGCCUGAGCGGGACAAACCAGGGACUGAGAGCCAGAGGAGGGACCGGACCUUGACCACCAACAUGGACAAGCUGCACCUGGUGCUGGCCGAGCUGUCCCUCAGCCUCAACCACGUCCCCAACUUCACCGUCUUCGAGCACACGGUGACACCGGCCGAGUAUCUCAGCAGCCACCUGGAGACACGUCUCGCCAAAGCCAUCGUGGCCAUGGCGGGCUACAGCCAGGCCACGCAGGAGGUGGCCCGUCCCUCGGAGGUGCUGGUGGGGCUGAGCGCCUAUGUGACCUUCAUCCAGUCGCUGGGACACUUGGUGGCCCUGGACACGGGCCGGCUCAUCCGCGGUGUCCUCCUGCAGCAGACGCAGCCGCGCGAUGCCGCCGGCGACCAGACCCUCACCACCAUCUACACCAACUGGUACCUGGAGGCCCUGCUGCGCCAAGCCAGCACCGGGGCCAUCGUCCUGGCCCCUGCCACACAGGCCUUUGUCACGGUGUCACGGGAGGGCGAGCCACCCUUCAGCGCCGACGAGUUCUCCGAUGUCACAGAGAUGCGGGCGCUGGCCGAGCUCCUGGGGCCCUACGGCAUGAAGUUCCUGAGUGACAACCUCAUGUGGCAUGUGGGCUCCCAGGUCACCGAGCUGAAGCUGGUCAACGAGAACAUGGACACGCUGGUGCAGCUGCGCUCCAGCUCCGGCCAGCCCGAGCAGAUGGCAGCUCUGCUGCCCCGCCUCACCUCGGCUGAAAACGUCCUGAAGCGAAUGACGAUCAUCGGGGAGAUCCUGAGCUUCCGCGCCAUGGCCCAGCAGGGCCUGCGUGAGGUCUUCUCCCACCACUGUCCCUUCCUGAUGGGCCCAAUCGAGUGUCUGACGGACGUUGUCACCCCCGACACCGACAUCCAGGUCACCCUGAGCAUCUUCGAGGUGGCCUCGGCCGCAGGGAUUCCCUGCGAGGUCGACCCCGCGCUGGUCACCGUCCUCGCUGGCAGCAAGACAGAGGGCUCGUCCCCAGAGGAGGACUACAAGGUGGCCUGUCUGCUCCUGGUCUUCGUGGCCGUGUCCCUGCCCCUGCUGGCCGCCGACCCCGCGUCCCUCUACAACACCGAGCUGGACGGCUACGCCAACAACAUCCACUGCCUGGCCAAGGCCAUCGUGCACGUCUCAGCUGCGCUCUUCACCGUCCACAACAAGAACAUCGAGACCCACCUCAAGGAGUUCCUGGUGUUGGCCUCCGCCAGGCUCCUGCAGCUGGGCCAGGAUCCGGACAAGCUCCGCGCCAGGAACCGCGACUCCGUGUCCCUGCUGCUGCAGCUGAUGGUGGCCGAGUCGUCGUUCCUGACGCUGGACAUGCUGGAGAGCUGCUUCCCAUACGUGCUGCUCCGCAACGCCUACCGCGAGGUGUGCCGGGAAAACCUGCUGGCCAGGGCCCCCCCGCACUGACACGGCCCCCCCAGCAAACCCCGAGCACCCCCAGAUCCUUCUUCGGCCACCGGAUGCCACCGCGGUGUCCCCAAAUGUCCCCGGCCUGUCCCCAAGUGUCCCUUUCCUGUCCCCCCGCUAUCACUGAGCCACCCCUCUGUGCCCCCCCCUCAUCGAACCCCUCCAGCCUGGCCCCCCAGGUCUUCCCUUGCCCACUGGAUGUCACCACGGUGUCCCCAAUGUCCCCAAUGUCCCCAACCUUCACUAAACCACUUUUCCCC